AUGAACGUCACAAUCAUCGGCGCAACAGGCGAAGUCGGACAAUCCGUCAUCAACGCACUCGCAGCCUCUCCCACCAAAUUCAACUUGACUGCUAUCGUACGACCAUCUUCUAUCAACAAACCCGAGGUCGAGCAGAGCAAGAGCAAGGGCGUCUCCAUCGUAUCUCUCGAACUCGAGGAUAACCACGAUGCACUCGUAAAGGCUCUCACGGGCCAGGACAUUGUUGUCUGCUCUCUUUUGCCUUUCUUUCCAGGGGCGGAACUUGCCUUGGCGUCGGCUGCUAAAGACGCUGGAGUGAAGCGAUACAUCCCAAGUGCUUUUGGCCCCAGCUGUCCUCCUUCGGGGGUGAUGCUAAUUCGGGAAACAAAAGAAAUCGUCUUGAACCAUAUUAAGAAGAUUUACCUGCCCUACACCGUCAUCGACGUUGGUCUCUGGUACCAAGCUUCUCUCCCGUCUCUUCCAUCCGGCAAGAUAGACUAUGCGCUCAAAUUCCCUGCUACGAUCGUUGCCGAGGAUGGCUCUCACGCCACUUGCCUCACUGACCUUAGAGAUGUUGGGAGAUAUGUGGAGAAAGUCAUUACUGACGACCGAACUUUGAACAAAUACGUCUUUGCGUAUAAUGAGAUCUGGACGCAGGAGCAGAUCCACAGUCAUCUCGAGAAGCUGAGUGGUGAGAAGCCCAAGUGUGACGUAGUUUCCACCAAGGACAUUGAAGCCACGAUUGCAGCAGCUCAAGUCCAGUACGACAAGAGCGACAAGUCUCUCCCCUUCAUUUUUGGACUUGCAGGCCCUCAGUAUCUCUACUGUGAGUGGUUCCGGGAGGAUAACCUCCCUGAGCGAGCCAAAUUCCUGGGCUAUCUCAGCACCAAGGAUCUUUAUCCUGAUUUUGAGCCGAUCAAGUAUGUGGACUAUGUGGAUGAGGUGCUUCAAGACAAGGGCAAGUCCAUCUAUGCCAAUCGUGGGUAG